AUGUGCCCCACCCCGGACCAGAUUGAGACCAACAAGGAGGACAUGGUCCCCGUCGACCUCUCCACCGCCGUCAAGUCGAACGGCACUGACCGCCACGGCGACAAGAAGGGCUUCUACGCCCGCCCCUCGGACUUCCUCAGCAACACCUCGAACUGGAAGAUCAUCGAGUCGACUCUUCGCGAGGGAGAGCAGUUCGCUACCGCAUGGUUUGACCUUGAGACCAAGAUCAAGAUCGCAAGGGCUCUUGACGACUUUGGUGUCGACUACAUUGAGCUCACCUCGCCCGCCGCCUCGCCCGAGUCGCGUGCCCACUGUGAGGCCAUCUGCAAGCUCGGCCUCAAGCGCUCGAAGAUUCUUACCCACAUCCGUUGCCACAUGGACGACGCCCGUAUCGCCGUCGAGACUGGUGUUGACGGUGUCGACGUCGUUAUCGGCACCUCGUCGUUCCUCCGCGAGCACUCGCACGGCAAGGACAUGACCUGGAUCACCAAGACCGCCAUUGAGGUUAUCGAGUUUGUCAAGUCGAAGGGCAUUGAGAUCCGCUUCUCGUCCGAGGACUCGUUCCGUUCGGACCUUGUCGACCUCCUCUCGAUCUACCAGACCGUCGACAAGAUCGGUGUCAACCGUGUUGGUGUUGCCGACACUGUCGGCUGUGCCGACCCCCGCCAGGUCUACGAGCUUGUCCGCACCCUCCGUGGUGUUGUCGGCUGUGACAUUGAGACCCACUUCCACAACGACACUGGCUGUGCCAUUGCCAACGCCUACGCCGCCCUCGAGGCCGGUGCCACCCACGUCGACACUUCGGUCCUCGGCAUUGGUGAGCGUAACGGUAUCACCCCCCUCGGUGGUCUUAUCGCCCGCAUGAUGGUCGCCGACCCCGAGUACGUCAAGAACAAGUACAACCUCCACAUGCUCCGCGAGGUCGAGAACCUCGUUGCCGAGGCCGUCGAGAUCCAGGUCCCCUUCAACAACUACAUCACUGGCUUCUGUGCCUUCACCCACAAGGCCGGUAUCCACGCCAAGGCCAUCCUCGCCAACCCCUCGACCUACGAGAUCCUCAACCCCGCCGACUUUGGCAUGACCCGUUACGUCUCGAUCGGUCACCGCUUGACCGGCUGGAACGCCAUCAAGUCGCGUGUCGAGCAGCUCAACCUCGAGCUCACCGACGAGCAGAUCAAGGACGCUACCGCCAAGAUCAAGGCUCUCGCCGACGUCCGCACCCAGACCAUGGAGGACGUCGACACCAUCCUCCGUGUCUACCACACCGCCAUCCAGCAGGGCAAGCUCAAGGUCGGCCAGCCCGAGGUCUUUGACCGCUUGCUCGACGAGCACCACGCCUCGCGCGACACCUCGCCCUCGAGGACUCCCGCCAAGAGGCAGCGCACCGACGCCGAGGCCUAA